AUUUCCGCGAGGCUUCCGCGGGUGCUCAGCGACCUGCGGGCAGAAGGCUCAGUUGACUGACCGCACGGUGGCGGCCGGGGUACGGGCCAUCUGCUGUGAUGGCCCGCAGCGAGAGGCGACGGCGCGCCGCGGCUGCAGAGGGGGCGCGGUCGCUGGAGAAGGCGCGGGGCGCUGGGCGUCGGGACGGCCGGGCAAGCGGGGCGAGCGGGGCACGCGGUUCGGCUGGCGGCGCGGCCCUGGCCGUGGUGGUGCUGGCGCUAGCCUUCGGUCUGUCCGGGCGCUGGGUGAUGGCAUGGCUCCGUAUGCGUCGUGCGCUCACACUGCACCCCGCGCCGCCCGCGCUGUCCCCCGACUCCUCCAGUCCCGCCGUGGCCCCGGAACUCUUCUGGGGCACCUACCGUCCACACGUCUAUUUCGGCAUGAAGACUCGCAGCUCCAAACCACUGCUCACCGGACUGAUGUGGGCACAGCAGAGCUCCACCCCGGGGACCCCUCCUAAGCUCAGGCACACGUGUGAACAGGGAGACGGCGUGGGUCCCUAUGGCUGGGAGUUCCACGAUGGCCUCUCCUUCGGCCGGCAACAUAUCAGCGAUGGGGCUUUAAGGCUAACUACUGAGUUCGUCAAGAGGCCUGGGGGACAGCAUGGAGGGGAUUGGAGCUGGAGAGUGACCGUAGUGCCUCAGGCCUCGGGUACUUCUUCCCUCCCUUUGGUGUCCCUGUUCUUCUACGUGGUAACUGAUGGUCAGGAAGUCCUACUGCCAGAGAUUGGAGCCAAAGGACAGUUGAAGUUCAUCAGUGGGCACACCAGUGAACUUGGUGACUUCCGCUUUACCCUUCUGCCGCCAACCAGUCCAGGAGACACUGUCCCUAAGCAUGGCAGCUACAAUGUCUUCUGGUCCUCCAACCCAGGGCUGCCACUGCUCACGGAUGUGGUCAAGAGCCGCCUGAACAGCUGGUUUCAGCACCGGCCCCCAGGGGCCUCUCCGGAGCGCUACCUUGGUUUGGUUGGAUCUCUGAAGUGGGAGGAGAGAGGCCCUAGUGGGCACGGCCAGUUCUUGAUACAGCAGGUGACACUGAAAGUCCCUUUCUCUGUGGAGUUCAUAUUUGAGUCUGGCAGUGCCCAGGCAGGAAGAAACCAAGCCCGUGGGCCGUUGGUGGGCAGCCAGCUGACCCAGGCCCUAGAGAGCCAUGUUGCAGCUUUCCAGGAGCGUUUUGAGAGGACCUUCAAGUUAAAGGAGAAGGGCCUGAGCCCCGAGGAGCGGGCUCUGGGGCAGGUUGCCCUCAGUGACCUCCUUGGUGGGAUUGGCUAUUUCUAUGGGCAGGGUUUGGUGUUGCCAGACACUGGUAUGGAAGGGUCUGAGCAGAAAGUAGACCCUGCCCUAUUUCCGCCCGUCCCUCUUUUCUCUGGAGUCCCUUCCCGGUCAUUCUUCCCACGAGGCUUCCUUUGGGAUGAAGGCUUUCACCAACUACUGGUUCAGCGAUGGGAUCCCCACCUCACCCGAGAGGCCCUAGGCCACUGGCUGGGGCUGCUCAAUGCUGAUGGCUGGAUUGGGCGGGAACAGAUACUGGGGGAUGAGGCCCGAUCCCGGGUACCCCCAGAAUUCCUAGUGCAACGUGCAGCCCAUGCUAACCCUCCAACCCUGCUCUUGCCGGUAUUACGGAUGUUGGAAGGUAGUGACCCUGAGGACCUGGCCUUCCUCCGAAAGGCUUUCCCCCGCUUGCAUGCUUGGUUCUCUUGGCUCCAUCAAAGUCAGGCAGGGCCAGUGCCACUGUCCUACCGCUGGCGGGGCAGAGACCUGGCUUUGCCUACCCUACUCAAUCCCAAAACGCUGCCCUCAGGCCUGGAUGACUACCCCAGGGCAUCACACCCUUCUACGGCAGAGCGACACCUGGACCUGCGAUGCUGGGUGGCACUGGGCGCUCGGGUGCUGUCACGGCUUGCAGAGCAGCUUGGGGAGGCUGAAGCUGCUGCAGAGCUGGGCCCUCUGGCUGCCUCUCUGGAAGAACCCAGGAGCCUAGAUGAGCUGCACUGGGCUCCUGAGCUGGGAGUCUUUGCUGACUUUGGGAACCACACAAAAGCAGUACAGCUCAAGUCCAGGCCUCCACAGGGGCUGGUUAGGGUGGUAGGCAGGCCUCCACCUAAGUUGCAGUAUGUGGAUGCCCCCGGCUAUGUCUCUCUUUUUCCCUUCCUGCUACAGCUGCUGGACCCCAGCUCGCCCCGCUUGGGGCCCCUGCUGGACAUUCUAGCUGACAGCCGCCAUCUCUGGAGCCCCUUUGGGUUGCGCUCCCUCUCAGCCUCCAGCCUCUUUUAUAGACAGCGUAAUUCUGAGCAUGAUCCCCCGUACUGGCGAGGUGCCGUGUGGCUGAACAUCAACUACCUAGCUCUAGGGGCACUCCACCACUACGGGCACGUGGAGGGUCCCCACAAGGCUCAGGCCGCCAAGCUCUACCAUGAACUCCGUGCCAAUGUCGUGAGCAAUGUAUGGCGGCAAUACCAGGCUACGGGGUUUCUGUGGGAACAAUACAGUGACCAGGACGGACGGGGCAUGGGCUGCCGCCCCUUCCACGGAUGGACAAGCCUUGUCUUACUGGUCAUGGCUGAAGAGUACUGAAGGGACUGGGGGAGAGCCAGGCCACUUGUGUCGCUUGGAAUAUGCAGAGACAAGGUCUUAGGUUUCUGGUCCCCUCAGACCUUGUAAGCCCAUCUCAGGUGUCUCCUUAUUGUCACCCCAUACAGUUCUGGGGUGACUGUGAACUCAAGAGUCUAUUUUUCUAAAUAAACUGGAAAAAGAAAAAACCCUAACUAAA